CAUAGUAUUCGCUCAAUAUUUCAGGACAUACAUCGUCAUAAAGAUACUUUCAACCUAUUUCGGGCCCAACAUGGAUACCCAUUCAUAUAUACCGGUAGAACCCGGGGUGGGGAUGGAGGAGAACUUCCUGUCUCUAGACGAUAUUUUGCUCUCUCACGAGAGACUUCCCGUCCGGACGGAGUGCCGCUUCCCCCGGCUGGGACACCUGGAGAGGUCGACGGACGCGCAGGACAUCCCCGAGGGCACAAAGAUGGAGCUCCCCCUGUGGCUGUCCAAGGGUCUGUACGAGAGGAAGAGGAGGGUGCUGUCGGUGGAGCUGCCCAAGGUGUACCGGGAGGGCUGGAGGACCGUGUUCAACGCCGACCCCAACGUGGUGGACCUGCACAAGAUGGGGCCCUACUACUACGGCCUGGGCUCCCAGAUGCUGCACUUCGACAGCCCGGAGAACCCCGAGAUCGCCCAGACGCUGCUGCAGACGUUCGUGGGCCGCUUCAGACGCAACAUGGACUCCUCCCAGAAUGCCUACAACGAGGACACGUCGGCGCUGGUGGAGCGCCUGGACUGCCUGGAGAAGGCGCUGUUCUCCUCGGGGCAGAGCGGCCUCAACGGCUUCCAGAGCUGGGAGCGGGGCCGCGCCGCGCAGCUCACCGCCUCCAGCCUGGUGCUCAACUACCGCAAGAGGAAGAUGGCCGACGGGCCGCCCUGAGAGACUUUCACUGCCGCCCUCCAACUCUGAGUUCACGUCGAGCUCCUGGUGUCGCGGCCUGUGACCUUCACAUGACCUCGGCUCUGGGUUCUUCAUCACCGUUGGUGAGGGGCGGACGUGAGACGGUGGAUUGUCUAAGUAAAGAGGUCUCAUGUUUGCUCCAGCUUGACAAAGCAAACGUUUUAUGUUCCAUCUUACAGGUUUAAACUGGUUAUUGUGGUAUAAUGUAGAUUUAAAGAAAUGCUUUUAUAUCAUAAAAUGGCAAAAGAUUCCAUUAAAGCAGAACUGGAGAUAUUAAAGAGAUGUUCUGAAACGGAAAAUAA